AAAGGUUUGGGCCUUGUGUGAGGUUCUACGCAUGAAAUGCAGCUGUAGUUGUGUCUUCUAAGGACAAAAUGCAGGGUAUUGGAGAUUUCUUCGCUUUGUCUUUUUCAAUUAUUUCCUAUGCGCAUUUCUUUCAAGCACUGGACUUCAGACAAGAGAAGGAUUGUUCUGGCCUUAAAAUAAAAGUUUUAGACUUAUCUGGACCCAAACUUACUUGCCUCAAAGUUAAGGGGCCAAUUGGACCUUUUUCCGAAUAAGUAUUCUCGGGGUGUGUUUAAUUUCUUUAUUUUUUGCUUUACAGCUCCACAAAACCUUCAGGUCAAUAAAGAAGUGUGAAGGAAACCUCCGGAAAAUUUCAGCAGAUCUUCUUUCAAGGCAAAAAAUUGAGGUUUCCAGGUAACACCGUCGGAACUUGCACAUGAAUUCAUCUUUAGUCUUUACCCACUUAGACUCUUGUUGUCCCUGUCCUCUCUGUUUGUCUUCCUUGGAAACACUAAAACGGAAGGCUCUCUCGUAGUUGUGGUGGUGCUUCUUGUUUCAGUUUUACUUCUGCUGUGGGUAUAUCUUGGAGAGAUCUGGUUUCAUCAUUUAAGUUUUCUAGUGUUUUUUCUUUCCGGGUUUUCUAGAUCAAUGGAUGAUGUUUUUUAUUUUCCUCAUGAUCCAUCACAACCUGUGAACUUUUCUUCAUCUUCUAGCUUUACUUCAUCUUCUUAUGAACUUAAUGACUCAAUUAGUCAAAGCAUGUCCAUUUCAUCUUCUUACGCAUCAAAUCGUUUGACCAGCCAAAACAUACCCUCCUUCUCAGGCUCUGAAGCCGGGCGUAGUCAGAACACAUCCACUGCAUUUUCUUAUGCAUCAGAUCGUUUGAUCAGCCAAAACAUAUCCUGCCCCUCAGUCUCUGAGGUGAGUCCUAGUCUUGAGUUGAUUAGUUUACCUCGGCUUAGCUCCAAUUUGGAGCAGCCCUUGAUCAAUUAUAAUGCUGCUGAAAUUGUUGUUGACGGAAUCCCUGUUAGCAUUAAUGGUGGUUUUCUAGCUGAAAAUAACAGUUUUUUCCGUGAAAUUUUUAAGAAAUAUGGGAGACCAAGUUAUCUAUUGAGUGAUCUGUUACCUUUUGGAAAGGUUGGAUAUGAAGCAUUCCAGUUUUUCUUGAGUUACUUGUAUACUGGAGAACUCCAUCCUCCACCGUUGGAGGUAUCAACUUGUGUUGAUGAAGAAUGUGCUCAUGAAGCCUGCAGACCUGCAAUUGAUUUGACAGUGGAUUUGAUGUAUGCCUCAUCCAUAUUCAAUUUACCAGAGCUAGUUGUAGAUUUCCAGGGACGCCUUGUUAACUUUGUUGAUAAGGCUUAUGUGGAGGAUGUAAUCCCAAUACUUUUGGCUGCCUUCCAUUGUCAAUCAGAUGAUCUUGUAAAUCAAUGUGUAGGUAGAAUAGCAAGGUCAGAUCUUGAUAGCAUCUCAAUAGAGAAGGAGCUUCCCUAUGAGCUUUCAAAGACAAUUGAACAUAGUCGUGAAAAGCCUAUGUCUGAUGAUGAACAGGUGUCUGAGGCUGUGGAACCCGUGCAUAAAAAGGCUAUUAGGAAAAUACAACAGGCAUUAGACUGGGAUGAUAUUGAACUAGUAUAUCUUCUCUUGCAUGAAUCUAAUGUAACACUGGAUGAUGCCAAUUCUCUUCAUUAUGCUGUUGCAUACUGUGACAGCAAGUUUGUAUGGGAGUUGCUUCACCUUGGUUAUGCUGAUGUCAACCAUAGAAAUUCACAAGGCUACACACCUCUUCACAUUGCAGCAAUGCGAAGAGAACCAUUAAUUAUUGUGUCUCUCCUAUUAAAAGGGGCUAGUGCUUCAGACUUAACAUUUGAUGGGCGAAGUGCUCUUAGCAUCUGUCGAAGAUUGACUAGCAUAAAAAAUUAUAAUGCUGAAACAGAGCAGGGUCAGGUAACAAAUAAAGACCGACUAUGCAUUGAUAUUUUAGAGAGAGAAAUGCCGAGAAACCCCAUCACUUCCCAAGAUGCUGCAGAUGAUACUUUUGAUUUGAAUCUCUAGCCUGUUUGCUAAAGAUGACGUAUGUCUAUCUUUGUUAGCAAAGUGUACUACUACUCGGGUUGUAAACCAAGCUGUUCUAUUUGAUUUGUUUAUAAGACCAAGUUAUGUUGUUUGA